AUGGGGAGGGGCAAAAUAGUAAUUAGGCGGAUCGAUAACUCGACGAGCAGGCAGGUGACCUUCUCGAAGAGGAGAAGUGGGCUGCUCAAGAAGGCUAAGGAGUUGUCAAUCUUGUGUGAUGCUGAAGUGGGAUUGAUUGUGUUUUCCAGCACAGAGAAGCUCUAUGAUUUUGCAAGCACCAGUAUGAAAUCGGUGAUAGAAAGAUACACGAAGCUGAAAGAGGACAAUUAUCGUUUCAUCAAUCCUACUUCUGAGAUCAAGUUUUGGCAGAGGGAAGCAUCAAGCUUGAGGCAACAGCUGCAGUACUUGCAACAAUGUCGCAGGCGGCUUUUAGGAGAAGAGCUUUCAGGAUUGAGCGUUGAGGACCUCCAAAAUCUCGAAAAUCAACUCGAGAAGAGUCUAAAAGGAGUGCGAACGAGGAAGGAACAAACGAUGAGGGAGGAGAUAAGAGAGCUACACAUGAAGGCAAACCUCACUCAACAAGAGAAUUUAGAACUACACAAGAAGAUACACUUUGUAAGUCAAGAGAAUGCCGAGCUGCAUAAAAGGAACAAACCAGAUGUAGUGAACUUGGGGUAA